CGCAGGUUCUCCACCAGCUUCGCCUAUUACGGGCUGGCCAUGGACCUGCAGGGCUUCGGGUUCAACGUGUACCUGAGCCAGGUGGUGUUCGGCGCCGUGGACAUCCCGGCCAAGCUCCUCUCCGUGCUCGUCAUCUCCGGGCUCGGGCGGCGCCUGGCGCAGGGCGGGGCCCUGGCGCUCGCCGGGCUCUGCAUCCUCGCCAACAUCUUCGUGCCCGGCGAGCUGCCGGCGCUCCGCAUGGCUUUCGCCGUCGUCGGCAAAGGCGCCUUGGCCGCCUCCUUCAACUGCGCCUACAUCUUCACCGGGGAGCUCUUCCCCACCGUCAUCAGGUGGGUGUGGCCAGCACAGCCCCGCCCAUCCAGCCCCGCCCAGUCAUCCUCCAAUCACUGCCCAUGUGCCAACCCAGCCUGCAUUAACCCAACCCUUCAUUAACCCAGCCCCUCAUUA